AUGGUCAAGAAUGUCCGAACCUACUCAUCCCGCGUCAAAACAGGCUGCAUCACCUGCCGCCGUCGCCGAAUCAAAUGCGACGAGGCCAAACCGUCUUGCCAGCGAUGCACCGCGGGCAAGCGACCGUGCGAGGGAUAUGCGCCGCAGGUCAAGGCCGCGCCCGCGAUGCGCAUGAUCAUGUACACGCCCUCGACGCCGGCGUAUCCGGCUGCGGACCCCGAGAGGGAUUGCUUCCAGUUCUUCCUUGCGCAGAGUCGGGCGUGUUUUCCGCUCGAGUUCUCGAGGGCCAUUCUGCAGGCUGCGCAGAUGGAUCGCGCGUUCACGCAUGCGAUUGUGUGCUUUGGGGCCGCGCAGCAGAUUUACGAAUAUGAGGAUGACCCGGACACGCGGGCGAGACUGGGGAAGCUGGCCAUGGUUCAGUACGGCAAGGCGCUGCAUCUGCUGCAGAGUCCGUCGGCCACCCCGUCGUCCACCGAGACGCUAUUGCUUUGCUGCGUCCUCUUCGCGUGCUACGAGGGCCUCCGAGGCUGUCGACGGUCUGCUGUCGUACACAUCAAGUCUGGACUCGAUCUCCUCCGGCAAUGCGGCGCGCAGACGCGAUGGGCGCUGCUCUCCCGCGAAGCCAUGAUCGCUCUCUUCACCCGACUCGACAACCAGGUCGUCGAGUUGCUGGGUACAGCAAUGUACGAGACGCUCUGCGAGGAAAAGCCGACGGAGCGGGCAUUUGCCCCGAGACCACUCGCAGUCGAACUAUCUGCCCCUGCCUCCAGAUCCAGCUCGAGCUCUUCAUCCCCGAUGUCGAUUGACACGCGCCUAAACCACAUCUUCCACCGCCACCUCGACAUGGCCGAGGCAAUGGAAGCCCUCCCAGACCUGCCACCACCCCAGGAAGACGAAAGCAGCUCGACGAGUCCGACACCACUUCCACCGGAUGACCCGCAAGGCCACUUCCCAACAGAUCAUAUGGAUGCGGAGCUCCUACACAUCUGGCACAUGGUCGCACACAUGUGCGUCGCCAUGGCACCGGGGACAGCGCCUGAAGAGGCGUGGGAUGACUUCUUCCCGGAGUUCGAAACGAUUGUCGGCUUGGCUGAAAGGUAUCUGGGACGGUCACGACCCUCCGGCCAAAAGCGCAAGUUCGGAUUCAGCAUCGGCGUCAUCCCAGCAUUGUACAUGGCCGGCGUCCGAUGUCGCGAGCCGCGGAUUCGGCGGAGAGCGAUCAGGUUGCUUGCGGAGUAUCCGCGGCGGGAGAUUAUGUGGGAUUCAACUGUUACCGCAGAGGUUUGUCGACGGGUUAUGGAGAUCGAGGAGGGAACAGUGGCAGCAACGGGUGGUUGUCUCGGAGAUGAUGAUAGCAGUAGUGGUCCCUGGGCAUCUGGAUACGAGGGAUCGGGGAUAAAGUUGGUAACGAGAGUCAGGAAUGUCAGUGCGGUGCUUGACGAUGACGGUGGGGCGCGAUUCGAGUUUCAACAGUGA